AUGGCAUCUAAUCCUUGGUGGUCCGGCUCUUCUUCGGAUGAAGAGGAGAUGUUUUUCGCAAACGCUGUGGUAAAGGCGGCGCAGAUUCUUUUGGAAGAGGAAGAGGAAGAGGACUCGUCUGAAAACGUUAUUACCAGACGAAUACAGGUUAACAGAGACCGCGAAGGAGCGCACGAGAAAUUGGUUAACGAUUAUUUUUCUGAUGCACCCCUUUACAACGCCGACACUUUCAAACGAAGGUUCCGAAUGAGUCGCCGUUUAUUCACACGGAUUGCUGAUGAUUUGGCGGGGCUAGACCCGUUUUUCACUCAACGACCCGAUGCUCGUAAUUAUGAAGGGUUCACCACGUUACAAAAGUUUACUGCAGCCAUUCGCCAACUGGCGUACGGGACAGUGGCCGACGCGUUGGACGAGUACUUACAAAUGUCGGCAAGAACCGCGCGGGAAUGUUUGUAUCGGUUUUGCCAUAAUGUGGUGAAACUGUAUAGCAAAAAAUAUUUGCGGAAACCAAACGCGUAUGAUGUUCAACAGUUGUACCAAGCUCAUGAAGCAAGGCACGGGUUUCCGGGAAUGCUUGGUAGCAUUGAUUGUAUGCAUUGGGCGUGGCAUAACUGCCCGACUGGGUGGCGAGGCCAAUACACGCGAGGUGAUCACGGCUAUCCAACCUUAAUACUUGAGGCCGUGGCGUCACAAGAUUUGUGGAUCUGGCAUUCUUUCUUUGGGCUCCCUGGUUCACUCAACGACCUCAACGUGCUGUACCAAUCGACGAUCUUUAGCGAUAUCGUUAAUGGAAUCGGACCGGACACCCGUUUUACAGUUUCAGGGGUUGAGUAUAGACGCGGGUAUUAUCUUGUUGACGGAAUAUAUCCGUCUUGGUCUACAAUUGUCAAGACUAUUUCAUAUCCUGAGGACGAAAAAAGGAAAAAAAUUCGCCAAGCGUCAAGAAGGUGCAAGAAAAGACAUCGAACGUUGUUUUGGUACGAAGGUCGGGCGAUUUGUGAGUAUGAUGAGAAUGCAUCUUACGGGAAUACUGUCCCGGUAGAUCCGACGCAACAGGAUUUAAACUCGUUCGCGCUAACCAACGACUUCACGCAUAUAAACCUUCAACAGGAUUUGGUAGAACAUAUUUGGAACAACGUUAACGUAACGGACGGUGCAGAAGAGGAAGACGAAGACGAGUAG